AUGGGAUGGGGAAAGGUUUCUGGUGUCUAUCAUGUUGACCAAAAUCUAUUUGUAAAUCCUUUCACCUGGACAUAUAUGGUUCUUUACUGUAAGUACAUAUUUGGGCUCUCUCAAGCAACUCAGAUAAAUGACAUGGCUACAUCUGGCUGCAAAUUUCCCAGUAGUCCAGCUAUGCCUAUGGGAUUGACAGCAGCGGUGGCGCUUAUAAUUGCUCAGACUCUGAUCAAUAUUACAACUGGAUGUCUGUGUUGCAACAAUGAACAAUUUCAGUUUAACUCUAGACUGAUAGCGGCUGUAUUGUGUUCUUCAAUGUCGUGGUUCACAUUUUCAGCCGCUGUCCUUUUGUUUCUAAUUGGCGCAGCACUCAAUUAUAAACAUGGUGAAGAGUCCAUAUACUAUGGAGACUAUUCUUGCUAUGUUGUAAAGAGAGGAGUAUUCGCUAUAGCUGCCGUAUUGUCCCUUGUAACUGUUGUUCUUGGAAUCCUUUCAUACAUAAAGGCGGAAAGAGCAAAGAACAUUUUGGAUAGUUGGACUCCACUUGCUUCCCCUGGACAACCUGGCAUUUCCAUGGGACAAGUCCAGCUUCCUCAACAAUCUGGCACUGCCUUUGGACAAGCUCAGCUUUCUCAACAGAGGUCACAGAGUGCGGUAGAUGUUUAUGAGAACACUUAUUUGAGGGAACAAAUAGUUUGA